AACACGAUGCUUUAUUAUGCUGGUUUCAAUACCAGUACAUUGUUUUCCAACAGCGAGGGAGUAAUUUUUGCUGUAGAUUCGUUUACAGAAAUUCCAUUUCCUGGAAUUACAGAGUUCCAAAUAGGUUGGAGUUAUUUUCUACUUUGGAGGGAGAAGGAAUUGUAUAUUUGUAAGAAGGCUCAAGAAAAUAUUACAGAUGAUAAUAUCAUAUUAAUACAAAUACCAGAGAAACCGUUAGACAGUUGUCGACAAGCUGCAGUUGGCAAAGACAGUAUAGUAAUCGUAUCGAUAGACAAUGAAAUGUGGAGAUAUAAGAUUUAUGAAAACUCUUGGAAUAAGGUGACCAACUUUAUUCCAAGCAAUGAUGAUUUGAAAGAUGAAUAUCCAGUUAAAGUUUUACAAGGAGGAUGUACGGUAGUUCUCACCAAUUUAGGUCGUGCGUUUAACGUUCCAAUAUUGGUUGAUAUGCCAAAGAGGGUAAAGUUUGUAGACGUCGCUUGCGGAUUCGAUCACGCUAUCUUACUGGCGGAAAAUGGUGACGUUUAUUCAAUGGGAAUGGGAACGCGCGGUCAGCUAGGACACAAUGAUUUGGAGGACUGUGACGAUCCAAGGAUUAUUGAGGCUUUAGCUGGUCUCAAAGUCGUUCAUAUUUCCGCCAUGGGUUGGCACAGUGCGGUGGUUACGGAUCAGGGUGACCUUUACACGUGGGGAUGGAAUACGAAUGGAGAGUUAGGGUUACCUGGCCAAGCCAGCAAAGUAGUGGCUGUGCCCACGGUGGUAGAUUUUACAAACGAUCGAAAUGAGAACGUAGAGAUGUCCGUGAAAAAAGUCGAAUGUGGAAAUACAUUCACCGUUUGCAUGAUGGAUGACGGAACGCUUUGGGGUUGCGGAUCUAAUAAGUACGGGCAGUUAGGACAACCUCGAGAGGCACUACCGAACUCCCCAAAGUUUGUCAAACUCGAAGUGCCUGCAAAUAUUAAAGACUUCAAGUGUCGCGACUGGGGAACCACGCUCGUAACCGAUUGAUCUUGUAAUCUUUCACGGAUAAUAAUUUCUCAAAAAAAAAAAUAAAAAAAAAAUAAAAAAAUAAAUAAAAAGAUGUUUUUCCAUCGUCCGUUGAAUUCUCCUGGUUUACCGCGUGUCCUCGUACUGUUCAAAUAUUUCCAACGCA